GAACAUAAUUACUCCCUCAGAGUGCGGAAUUAGAAAAUGGCUUCUGGGUCUGCCCAUCUAAGUUCCUCGAAACUAAAUUUAGGGCUUCUACGCGACUUUUAUCGGAGGGAGUUUUUAGAAUGCAUCGACAGAUGCAUGGGAACUAAAGCACUGGUGUGGGAUGAUGGCCUGACUGGACCAUUUGGCCUUAUUGCUGAAUAUUCUCUUUUGAGGGAACAUGAAGUUGACAAGAUGUUUCCUCUUAGACUGGGAAGUCUUCCACCCAGCAACGUGCAGAAUGUUGUUUUCCUUACUCGACCAAAAAUGGAACUAAUGGAAAAAAUUGCACAAAAUCUGCAUAAUGAAGAAACACGAGGUGGCUAUAAUAAGAAAGAAUAUCACCUUAUAUUUGUUCCUAGGAAGAGUCUGCUCUGUGAAAGAAAGCUUAAGGAAAAGGGGGUGUAUGGCUCGUUUGCAUCGGUGGAGGAGUUUAAUAUGGGGCUGAUUCCAUUUGAUGCAGAUCUUCUUUCUAUGGAGAUGAAUGAAGCUUUCAGGGAGAGCUAUGUGGAAAAUGAUUUCACAUCAAUGUUUUACGUCGCCCAGUCAUUGAUAACAUUGCAGGCUUUAUAUGGGACAAUUCAGUAUAUUCAUGGAAAAGGGGACUGUGCCAAACAUUUAAUGGAAAUGAUGCGAAGAAUGAGGGCUGAAGUGAGUGGCAAAGAGCCCCAAGUCAUGCCUCAAAUUGACAGUCUGCUCAUUCUUGAUCGCACAGUUGACCUGCUCACCCCACUGUUGUCUCAGCUCACUUAUGAAGGCCUUAUUGAUGAGAUUUUUGGCAUCAACAAUACAAGUGUGAAAGUACCUCUGGACAAGCUGAAUCCUGGUGGCUCGCAAGAUGCUGGAGAGACCAAAAAAGUUGUCCUGAAUUCUUCAGAUGCUUUAUUUGCUGAGCUGAGAGACAAGAACUUCAAUGCUGUUGGGAGUAUAGUCAGCAAAAAAGCCAAACACAUCACUGCAGAGUUUGAUGAACGACAUGCUGCAAAGACAAUUGGGGAAAUGAAGCAGUUUGUAUCCAAACUACCGCAUCUUCAAGCUACUCGCCAGUCUCUUGCCACUCAUACAACUAUUGCUGAACUUAUAAAAGAGGUGACAGAUUCUGAUCCCUUUAUUGAUGCACUGCGCUGUCAGCAAGAAUUUAUCAAUGGCCUUGAAACUGACAAAGUUCAUCCUUUCAUUGAGGAUUGUAUUUCCAAGCAAGAAAAACUAACUAAGGUACUACGACUGAUAUGCAUACAGUCGAUAUGCAAUGACGGGUUAAAACCAAAAGUGCUUGACUUCUAUAAACGAGAGAUUAUCCAGACCUAUGGCUUUGAGCAUAUUGUAACACUAGCAAACUUAGAAAAAACAGGCAUGCUUCGGCCACAUGGUGCUCGCUCAUAUCAGAUCAUCCGCAAGUCUCUGAAACUCAUUGUUGAUGAUGUCAAUGAACAGAAUCCAACAGACAUUGCCUACGUCUUCAGUGGGUAUGCCCCACUUUCUGUGCGACUUGCGCAGUACCUUGCAAGGCCAGGAUGGCGUAGCAUAACAGAAGUUUUAAACCUUCUGCCUGGGCCAAAAGUAGAGGAGGUGCAGCAGAUUCCAUCUGCCUUAAGAAAACGAAGAAGUUCUGUUAGUUCAUCACAGUCCAGUACUGGAGAUCAGCGUCUUACUCUAGUGUUUUUCCUGGGGGGAGUGACAUAUGCUGAGAUUGCAGCACUCCGUUUUCUUGCCCAAAUGGAUGAUGUGAGCAGUGAUUUCAUUGUGGGAUCUACCAGUGUUCUGACGGGAGAUGUGCUUCUGGAGACACUAGCUGGCUAUCAGAGGACAUGCUCAUUUGAGCUAGUGCAGCAAGACUUCUAGAAACUGUCCUAUGUUGCUUCAGAGCAUAAUGGUUUUGAUUUUUUGGUGGAGGAACAGACUAUGUGAUUGCCAGUACAUCUAUCAUUACUGGAGAUCGUUUGAUUGAUGGCCUCACUCAGACUGUGGAAAGUGUCAGCCUGAAUCCAUUUGAAACUUAAAGAUAUGGUGAACAUGAUCGAGUGAAUGUCAGAUGGGCUAUUAAGAAGACCAGCAGGGUGUUAGCUGCUUUUUUUUGCAUGUGCUUGUUCAAUGCAUCUAAAUGGCGUAAGAGCAAUUUUUGAAAAGCAUUUCAAAGUUUUCUUCUUUAUGACAAUUUUAGAAAUGUUGUGCAACUAGCCCCUGUACUGUUGAAUGUUUUAGGAUGAAAUAUGAACAGCUUGCAGCCUUCAUUGUAACUCAUUCUAUUUGUUCAUAAUGUGUGUAUCAUCUUGAUGCCACCACAUCAUCAUCACAUGAAGUUUGUGAAGAUGUGACCUGGUACAGUUGAGCAAGAGAUGUCAAAAAAAAAUGUGAUUGAUGCAUUAGCUAAUGGAAGCACAUGAAGUAACUAGUAUGGAUGAGACAUGACCAGUUAGCAAAUAUAGUUACAUGUUGCAAGAAUUGAAUGGCAAUGGAUUUCUUAAAAGGUGCUGAAGCAUGUCACUUUCUGUGCAAUAUUGAACAGCAUGUUUUGUGAUUGUGAGAGAAAGGUCAUUAAGUACUGAUAACAAAAUUGUAAACAUUCCUUAUUUUAUGUCUGUAUUAAUCUGUGUAGAGUCCCAGUUCAUAUUUCUCUGUCUCUGAUAAAGAAUUAUUUGCACAAGUGUUUUGCAAGAAAAAUUGCCUGUGAUACAUGUUGAGAUAAAAAGGGGUGUUUUUAAAUUUUCUGUAAACAUGAAAAAUGCAUGCCAAGAGUUGGUUAAAUGAUAAACAGUAAAAAUAAAA